AUGUUCACGCUAGAACGCCCUUUCCUCAGCACGACGGUCAAUUGGAGUCUGAUCAAAAAGCAAAAAAAACGCGUGUUAAUCUUAAAUCACGACAUUCUGGCGAUGGCAGAGCAACGUGUCGAUCUGAAUCUACAACAGUUAAGCAUGAUUAAAGUAGAACAUUUAAAAGAAUUGCCGAAAAACUUGGAUCGACACAAAACAUUCGCAAGCAAUGCGGAAACGGUGCUGCGGUCAUUCAGAAUCCGCCGUCCUUAUCUCGCGAAGCUGCACGAUCUGAUGAGCCGAUUGUCUCAUAUUGAACUCGUUGAGAUGUUCGCCAGAAAUUUGAUUAAAGAGUAAGGCGUGAUAUAAUAUCUUGAAGUGUCUCAUAUUUUUCCAGCGCUACCGGCUGUUUAUACAUCGGGAUCCAUCAAAAAGAACACCGAGCAUUCAUGAAGCUCAUCAGAACCAUCACCUUCUGCUUGUCCGACAAACGGAAGAGGGACUUCGCCGUCGAGCCUCAUUUCGAGUCCUACGUCAACGAUUUCACGGGAUGUCUUCACAAUUCUCUGCUCGCCUUCACUAAUAUGAAUAAUAAACUCGGAAAGGUCAAAAACAAGGUUGUUCAGAACGAUUUCUUCCGAUGA